AUGUCUGGCCGCAAUAGUAAGAGACCAUCGGGGCUAAAGGUUCUGAUCCGCGACGAGCCGACAGUUGUUAACCUGCCCCGAAAUCUGGAUAAACGCACCACGAUCACGAUCGGAGACCAGGAAACUACAGUCGAGGCGAGCGACCUGCAGAAAAUUUGCGAUCUCGGACGCGGUGCCUACGGCAUUGUGGAAAAAAUGAGGCACAUACCUUCCGGCACGAUCAUGGCUGUCAAGAGGAUAGCUGCUACAGUAAACACCCAAGAGCAGAAACGACUUUUAAUGGAUCUGGAUAUAUCUAUGCGGUCGUCCGCUUGUCCACAUACAGUGCAGUUUUAUGGGGCACUAUUUAUGGAGGGUGAUGUAUGGAUAUGCAUGGAAGUAAUGGACACUUCACUGGACAAGUUCUAUGCCAAAGUGUACAAGUUUGGACGAAAGAUUCCUGAACAAAUUCUUGGACCUAUCACUGUAGCGGUUGUUAGUGCCCUUCAUUAUCUGCAUUCUCAAUUGAAAGUUAUACAUCGUGAUGUCAAGCCAUCAAAUAUUUUAAUUAAUCGUAAUGGCAAUGUAAAAAUGUGUGAUUUUGGUAUAUCCGGGUAUCUUGUUGAUUCUGUGGCCAAGACUAUUGAUGCAGGAUGUAAACCUUAUAUGGCGCCUGAACGAAUAGAUCCUACUGGAAAUCCAUCAAAUUAUGAUAUACGUAGUGAUAUAUGGAGUUUAGGAAUAUCUCUUGUGGAACUUGCUACUGGUAAGUUUCCAUAUGAUACGUGGGGCACUCCAUUUGAGCAGCUCAAACAAGUGGUCAAAGAUGAACCACCAAGGCUGUCUACUGGUAUGUUCACAUCAUACUUCGAGGAUUUUAUUUGUCAAUGUUUAAAAAAAGAUUUUCGUAGCAGACCAAAUUACUCUCAACUACUUGCCCAUCCAUUUUGUCUUGCUCACCAACAACCGCAGACAGCAUUAGUUGCAUCUUUUGUGUCUGAAAUUUUAGACUUGCCUGAUUUGCCUGUGUCAGGCUAA